UGCAGCUUUUUUACUGUACUUGUCAUUACAAUUUCUAGCUUGGCAUUCCACCCAAUCUAUCGCAUUUUAAACGCAACGCACUGAUCAAUAAUAUUUUGGAAUAUAUGGGCAACGAUAAUCUACUUGAUAGCAUAAAACCUGAAGUAGAUGAAAACAAAGCAAAUGAAGAGCCAGAAUGCAACGAAGGAACACUCACAAAUCAUCGCGACGCAGAGAAAAGCGGAGCUGGGAUUGGAACAUCAGCCGACAAUAAACAGCAGAAGCCAAACGACGGUAACUAAUGACACUUUGAUAAUUUGUUUCAAAGCUGUUUUAUGACAAUUGCUUACAGGUAUCUAAGGAUAACGUAUACUUGCUACAGCUACUCUCACCAUGAAAUCAGUAAACCCUUUGUGUUUACUUGAAAUUCUUCUUACAACUAACAUUCUUCAAGUGAGUUAGGGUUAUCAAUCUGGCUAUUGACACAGCUUUGGCAAAAAUGGACCCCAGAAUUGAAAUAUUUAUGCUCAAUUUAGUCGACACCAAAAAUCGUCAACAUCGAUUCAUGAACUCGACUAUAGUUAACAUGAACUCGACUAGUUAACAUCGCAUUGCUGUCUGAAACCCUUUAGUGGUAAAACAACCGAACUGGUAAUCGGGAGACGUGGCUUUGAUUCCCGUUAGGAACUUCACAUACUUUUCUAAAUACAAAAGCUCGACAAUCUACUUAACAAGUGAAAGUUGCUGAUUAUUACCUUGCUUUUCAAAAAAUAAGUUUUGAAGUUUUUUAUGUUUAAUGUUUUCCAAUUGUAUUCAUUUUCAGCAUCAAAAGACAAUCCUCCUUCUGCACCACCAACAUCAACGGACAUCGUGGAAAUGGAACCAAAAGUUUCAAAACAGUCCCAAGAUACAGUUAUCAAGAGCCAGAAAUACUUUUUUUUAAAGAAAUUCAAACGAAAGCUCAUUGGCUUUAGCCCAAAGAAAAGAUACUUAGAGGAACGCAGAGCUAGCAACGCUCCUAAGAAUGACAAGAGCAUGUCAUUUGAACAUCGAAAGAACGCCCACAUCCACUCAUUUUAUAUUCUUCUGAAAGAUAAAACAGCUAAAAAAUUUGACAAAAGCUACAUCUCAUCGAAUUUAAAAUUUAUAUCUCUACUUAAGGGAGAAAUACUUAUUCCAAAUGUCACAACAGCUGCUGAUGAAAGCAAUGGUUUAAUAAGACUCCGUCAUUAUGAAAAACCCUCGUAUUAUUGUGACUGCCCACUUGGUGAUGUGAAAGGUAUUGAAGAAGAAGAAGCGAAAUUAUUACUUCCUAUAAGUACGAUGGCCGACAGGUUUACAAUAUUUGACAGUAAGUCUCUUCUUCAAAAUGGAAAGAAAAUGACCCCUGCCAGUUAUGUUUAUGUCAAGGUUCGAUCAGUUGCUGGUGGUAGUAAACAGGAAUUACAGGGUAUAGUCAGGUACAAAGGACCAUUGCCAAAAGAGUUUGGUACAUGGUUUGGUGUCGAGUUACUGGUAAGUACACCUCAUUUUAUUAUAAUUAUACAUUUAAAUUAUGAACUAUCUAUGCCAGUGUAGGUAGUGUCAAAAGAGACGAAGGGCUUUCGCUCGAAACGCUGAAACUCUCCUUACAUUUUUCAGGUAGUUGCAUUCCUACCAACAAAAGCUUGUUAAUAACUUAAAUUACCAAUUGUUUUCUUUUUCACCAGGAAGGUGUGGGGAGAGGCACAACAAAUGGAACAUAUAAAGGAGAGAGAUUCUUCAAAUGUCAAACUGAUUUUGGCGUCUUUGUAUCAAUUGAGAUUGUGUGAAGACCAAAUUGAAACAAAAAAUGAAAGUAAAACAGAUACCAAAGAGGUCAAUAUUACUGAUGAGAGCAACAGUGGUGUGUUUACCAAAGUUAAGAAAUUUGCAGAAGGUUUGUCAAACUUUGUGCUGUUAGAACAAUCACAAGAGGAAAAUUUACAAUUUUAUCCUUCAGAAAAGCAGGAUAAAAACAAUGCUGGGCAUGAAAUAGAUGACAAAGUUUGGAUAUAUAUAAAUGAUAAAUUAUAUGGAGGACACAUAAAAUAUAUUGGUCAAAUACCAGGGGGCAGAGAAACUUACGCCGGAAUCCGAUUGGUAGGUAUUUCAAUCCCUUGUUGGUUAUGAUUUUCAGGUUUUUAAGGCUUUCUCUCACUUUCUAUAUGGCCAGAAAUAUAAACAUGAAUUAGUUUCACUACAAAAAAUAUUUGCAUUGUAGGACCAUGAUGUUGGCAAGGGAGAUGGAGAAUAUUAUGGUAAACAAUUAUUUAGAUGUCCAAUGAAUCAUGCUUAUUUCACUCCAAUUGACCAUUUGCAUAAUAGACUAAAUUUUGAACUAAACAAGUCUAGACAAAAAUUUCAUCACAGCUUGAAGGAGCCUCACAAAAUUAGUAAUAUUCCAAAGUUUCGUUGCAAAAUGUUGUAAAAUGCGGAAAAUAUAGCCUUGCGAAAUUUGCAAUUUUCAGUCAUUUUAGAUUACAAACGAGAAAUUGACAGCCCCAAACCCUUCGAGGCUGUCAAUCUCCGGUUUGUAAUCUAAAAUGACUGAAAAUUGCAAAUUUCGCAAGGCUAUAUUUUCCGCAUUUUACAACAUUUUGCAACGAAACUUUGGAAUAUUACUAAUUUUGUGAUGCUCUUUCAAGCUGUAAUGAAAUUUUUGUUGAGAUCAAAAUUUAGUCUAUUACGCAAAUGGUCAAUUGACAAUGUCAUCUCACAAGAUAAACUUCAAGAGCUGCAUGGUGAAUUUGAAGAUGUGACUGUAGCCAGUGGUUCAUGUAAGUGACAUGAAUUGUUCAAUAUAAACUAGCAUGUUGCUGACAAUUUUAUGGGGUAGGGGAUUCAAGGCUUGGAAAGGUAAAAAUUAACCUGUUGAGCAGCAAUGACAGAUAAAAUCGUCUGCAAUUAGGUUGAGUAAAUACUAAAGUAGUGCGCAUUAGGGCAAAAUGCAACCUAAAUGGUUAACUAGAAACUUGGGCAGAGCUUAACCCAUAAAGUGGUGGCACUUCUCAAUUAACGGGUAAAAUGGCUUGGCUUAGAGACACACAAGAGUAAAACAAAGUAAGAUGCCAUGCAACUUAAGGAGUGGGUUUCAGGAAAGAGAUGCAGGCAAAGUUAAAUUUUUCAUUUUUAAUAUAUAUCUAUAUCUUCAAUUUAUUAAUUUUCAGCUUUACGAAACAAUCCACCAACUUUGCCACAAAUGUCAGAGGAUAUUUUGAAUAUGGAAUCAAAAUUUUCAAAACAGUCUGAAGAUGAGGUUACCAAGAACCAGGAAUACAAAGAGAGAAAAAAUCUUGAGAAAAGCAGAGCUGGCAUUGGAACAUCAUUUAAUGAACAGUGGAAAGAAUCAAAGAAUGAAAAUGAAUCAAAACGCAAGGAGAAUGAAAAGAAACGGCCCACUGGAUAUCAAAAGGACGAGUAUUCCUACACGUUUUACAUUCUUCUUAGAGGGAGGUUGGCUAAAAAACAAGACAAAUGCUACAGUUAUUCGCGUGCUGACUCGAAAUAUUUACUUGAGGGGGAAAUAUUGAUUCGAAAUCUUACUACAGUUGUUGACAGUACAAAUGGAACAUUAAGACUCCAUCCUUAUGGCAAAGCGACAUAUUUUUGUGACUGCCCUCUUGAAGAAAUUAAACCACUUGAAGACGAGGAAGCUAAGUUAUUACUUUCUUUUAAAUCGAAUGAUGAACGAAUCAAGUUCUAUAUAAAUAGUAAUUUGGACAGUGGUAAGAAAAUGACCAUUGGUAGUAAUGUUUAUGUCAAGAUUCGAUCAGUUGGUGGUGGCAUGCAGGAAUUACGGGGUGUAAUUAGGUACAAAGGACCUUUACCAGAAGAGCAUGGUACAAUGUUCGGUGUUGAGUUACUGGUAAGUAGGGACGUGAGAAACCAAUUCUCAAAAAUCGGUGUCACAGGAAUUUCGCCCCCCCCCCCAGGAGAUUCGCCCCCUCUCAAAAGGGGGGUGAUAUUCCUAGGAAUAUCGCUACCCAGGGAGGCGAAUACUCUAGGAAUAUCUUCUCCUUUUAGGAAAUUCGCCCUAUAUGCGAUGUGGUUUAUUCCAUAGAGAUUAUAAAUAACACUAGAGGAGGCAUCGAGUUUAAAGAUUGGGAACGCAGCUAAAGGGGGCAAAUUCAAGUCCCGGAUAUAAAAUCGUGCUCUCAUUGGCUGAUUUAAAACUCGUCGCCAAUGGGAACUUGAAUACACAUCCGGGACUUGAAUUUGCCCUCCAAUAGCCACGUUCCCCUUUUUUAACUGAAUUAAGAUUACAAUGCCUCCUCUAGUGUUAUUUAUAAUCUCUAUGAUUUAUUCAAAUAAUUUCGUGAUACUUUGAUCUUAUUAGUGCCUUACACGUUUGAGAAUGUAACUCCGCAAAACUAAAAGCUUUUUUUGUCUUUUUUAAAACGUAUUAUUGGAAUAUUGGCAAGUUUUGCCAUUCAGAGAUUUACAAACUAAUAUUGAAAUAAUGCAAGUAAAAAAAACAGUUUCAUAUACGCGCAUUCACUAAUGAGUAAUGACAACUUAUAAGCCAUAACGACAAAACGUGGAUGCUAAAAACAAUUUUAACAAUACUUUAAUAAUCUUUUAUAUUUUAUAAAUCCAUUUUGAAAAUAUUUAAUACGAAAUGUUUCUGAGCCUUGAAUGGGUAUGACACAUUAAUGGGCUGUACAUACUAAGACCAUCUAUUUAGUUUAUAUUUUGAAAUUCGAUCAAUUCCAUCAUGUUUAUCAAUAUGACGUGCUUCAGUGUUUACAACAUAGCCAUAGGAAAAUAACAACACGCUGAGGCGAAGGCAACCAAGUUCCGAAUUUGGCAAAUGUGUUUAAUACUGACCACUGUUAACCGCAUUUCUUUAUUAAAAACACGAUAGUAAAUUUAUAGCUUAGCUUGAGCUGAUGUGGUGGUAUAGACCUAAAUACCAUAAACAUGAUCUAUAUAUAAGAAUAACUUAACCAAUUCAAUUAUUUUCAAUCAAUAUCAAUGAAUAAUUUUGUGAAUACUCAUCGGUAAAGACAAGUAGAUUUUUAGUGCUCUUUAUAAUGAAGUUGAUUUAAACAGUUUGAAUAUAAAAAAAACAUAUACUGUAGUUUAUGCAUCUGGCAGUUUAAUAAUUAAAAAAAGACAAGUUUUGACAAUACCAAUAAUUACAAUAACCACCACGGGAUUACUUUUUUAACAAUGAGUUUACGGAUUAACACCGAAAAUGCAAAAUAUGCAUAUAUGGAGUCAUAAGACCUAUUGAUCUACUGUAAGCCCUUUCGAUACAUGUAAUUGUAAGUUUGUAUUCUUAACAAUUUUGAAUUGAUACUGAUUUCAAAUGACUAAAGCCAUGUAAUAAUUACGGUUACCACUGAGUAAUUUAAAAAAAUACAAAACAAUGGACACUCCGAAAACGGUUAACAUUUGAAUUAAAAUGUUAACCGUUUUCGGAGUGUCCAUUGUUUUGUUUUUGUUUUUUCAUGUAAUAAUUAUCCCAUGCAACUGUUAGGAAGUGCCAAAUUUUGAACGGAGGACGAAAAUCCUAAAGAAAAGGUGAAGUAGAAAAAAGGGGGGCGAAUUUCCUAAAGGGGGCGAGUUUCCUAGGAAUUUCGCUCCCUGGAGACAAAUUGUAGCGGGGGGGGGGGGGGGGGGGGGGGGGCGAAAUUCCUGGGACACUGGUACUCUCCGUAGAAACGAGAGAAAACCUGGAAUCUACAAUUUACUAUACAUUAACGUUUAAAUUGCUUAAGUGAAUUCGUGUACUUAUUUGAUUGAAAAUAUGUACAAUUGUUUCCUUUUAUCUCAGGAAGGUAAAGGCAGAGGCAUAACUGAUGGAUUGUUCAAAGGAAAAAGAUAUUUUAAAUGUGAAUCAGAAUGUGGUGUCUUUGUAUCAUUAGAAAAAUUGAGAUUAUGUGAUGCUACAGAUGAGAGCCUGUUUGUCAAAGUUAAAAAUAAAAUUGUAGAAGGUAUUUCGAAUGGUUUUAUGUCACCAGUAGAGCAAGCAAAUGAGGAAGCAGUUUCAGAAAAGCAAGAUAAAAGUAUGGGACAUAAACAACACGACAGAGUUUGGGUAUUUAUAAAUGAUAAACCAUUUGCAGGAUUUAUAAGAUAUAUUGGCCGAGUUCCAGGUUAUUAUGGGAUUUUUGCUGGCAUUGAAAUGGUAGGUACUGUUUAUUCUGAAAUGAUUUGUCAUGUCAGAUUAAUGGAUUUCAUUCUCAUCAUUCAUUUCAUCUUCAAGAUAGCCAUACUAUAAACCGUCAGCAAUUGAACAUAUGUUACAAAGAUUUUAUGUUGUGUGGUUUCGUAUUGUAGGACAAUGCUGUUGGCAUAGGAAAUGGAGAGUUUUAUGGGAAACAAUUGCUCACAUGUCCAAUGGACCAUGCUCAUUUCACUCUAAUUAAAAAUGUGUUAUCAGAGUUAGAAUUUCAAGAACUGUAUGGUCAACCUAAAGAUGCUACUGUGGCCAGUGGUCCAUGUAAGUUUCUAAUAUUAAGCACAUUCAAGGUAUAUAAAACAGUUCCUUACCACACAGUUUCCUUCAAGGUCUAGAAACCCUGUCAUUCCACUUUUUCUGUACUAAUCUGACGCUUUCCUAGGUCCAAGAAAUCCAACUUCAACAAACCAUCAUCAAAUGGCAAAUACUCGUAUACAAAGUAACUUAGAAUUUGGCUCAAUGGUUGAAGUCUCGAGUAAAAACCAAACUCCUAGAUAUGGUAAAAUUCGGUGGCUAGGAUUUGUUCCAAACAGCGACAAGAAAAUCGCUGGUUUAGAACUUGUAAGUUGUGUUCUACUUAUUCCUCAAUGAAAGACAUUUUUACUACCUCUGCACAAUUUAAGAAAGGUUAACUAAAGAUGGAAAUACGUAAUGGUCAUACUAUCUGUAUAAUAUCAGUAUUAUGAAUGCACCACCCCUGCAUGGACCAAGAUUACCGGUGAAAUAUGUUGAGAGGCAAACAUUUAAUGUUGUAUUCGGCCAAUAAGCAGAACAGAUGCAGUUAAAUUUUCUUGCCCCUAUCAUUGUUGACAGUUCUGGUUGAUCACCAUUUGCUGAUGUAGUGCUAAUACAUAAACCCACCAGAAUUAGCCAUUUCCUUCAUAAAUUCACAAUUCCUUCUUUAGGAAGAAGAAAUGGAUUCCUGCACAGACGGAACUUUUCUUGGUAAACGUUACUUUACAUGCCCAAACAAACGUGGAUUCUUUGUUCAUCUUCACAACUGUUUACCCGAUUCAAGAUUUCCGAGAAAUUUCGUAGAGAACCAUGCAGACAAACGUUUGAGUGGGACAGGUGAGCAUUUUGUACCAAUUUUUCCAUGGUCGCAAAUGUUCAGGGCAUUUUAUAGCUUCUAUCACCAAAACAAAGAUUUAUAUUUAUUAUUAUUAUUAAUUAAUAUUUAUCUGCAUUAUUUCGCUUGUAGAUUUUGGAAGCUACUAUUCACCGAUUAUAGAAGAUGUGUUUAUCCCAGCUCCUGAGAAAUUGAAUGUAUACUUAAAACAAGGAAAAAAUGCCCAAGGAAUACAAGGCCAUCAUGGCUCGUGUUAUUUGGAUGCCACGCUGUUUGCAGCAUUUGCAUUUUCUUCUGUCAUGGAUUCAAUAUUAUUACGACCAAAACAUGAAAAAGACAUUGAUGACUACGAGAAAGUACAGACUGUGCUUAGAAAUAAUAUUGUUUAUCCGUUAAGAUCGUAAGUGAUGUGCAAACUAAAAAAAUUCAUACAGGAUAAAUAUAUCAAUUCUAAACUGUUCACUUUAGAGGUCUGGAGCCAUGGCUUAAUAACUAAAUGUCAGUACAGGAGGUAUAAACCUACACACUCUGUAGAAUCAUAGUCAAAUAGAAUGAGAAUAGCGAACUCCAUGCAGACAUAAGGGACCUCUAUGUUUCUGUCUUGGUUUAUGCACGAAAUGGUCGUUUCAUCGUCACGUGUGUGUUGUAUUUUUGCUAGAGCAAUCAGCAGUAUGUUUUCAUUUAACCAUUGACAUUGUGUAACAUCACAACUGGGUAACACUGCUAUUGGUUGCUGUAGUGAAAAAAAACGUUACACACGUCAUAAAUCAUUUCUGUCUGUUGGAAGACUACAGUUCAAAGUUCUUAGCUGCUUUAUCCCAAUCUAGUCAUGGGUUUGUCCGUGCAGAUCGUGUCCUGGAACUUCGACAACUACUCGAUAAAUUGGGAACUGUCACAGGAUUGGUCGGAGAGGAAAAAGGUAACAUGCCCGACUGCUCACCUCGUACCAUCACUAUAUUGGAUGAAAAGGAAUUUUCUUCUUUGCAUGGCAAAAAUGUUUUUAUCCUUCGAAUCCCUGGGUAUUGGUUGCAUCCACCUACACUAUAUAAGUCAGCGUUUUGUUUCUUAUUUUAGAUCCUGGAGAGUUUUUAACCACACUUCUUCACCAAGUCCUGAAAUCGGAACCAUUUUUAAAAAUCAAGUAAGAUUGAACUGACCAAACUGUGAGCUAAUAUUAGGAAGUGAUGAAAUAUGUUUAAAAGGUAGUAAUCACAGAGUAGGAUUAAGAAGAAUGCUAGAAUAGUAAUGUUCUAUCUUGCAGAUCAGGAAAAGAUGUAAGCAAUGAAUAUUUCUAUCAAGUUCUCGCUGACAAAGAUGUUGAACGUGUUUUACCUUCUGUUGAAGAACUUCUCAAGAAAUCAUUUCAUCAAUCUGAUUUGAAACUUACCGAGGU